AUGUUUUGUGCAGUCUUCGAGCGCGAGUUUCUCCUCAUGAAGCGCAAGACGUUCCUCUACGUCGCUCAGACCAUCCAAAUCAUCCGCAUCGCACUCGUCACCAUGACCAUCUUCUUCCGCACCAUGCUUGACAUCUCCCUGCAAGACGGCAACUACUACCUCUGCGCCAUGUUCUUCGAGCUCAUCAUGAUGCUCUUCAACGGCUUCACCGAGCUCACGUUGCUUGUCCUGCGCCUGCCGAUCUUCUACCGCCAGAGAGACACGUUUGUGUACCCCUCGUGGGCGUGGGAGGUCCCUAUGGAGCUGCUCUCGCUGCCUUCUCCGCCUGGGCGUCCAUCAUCUGGACUGCCGUCACCUACUAUGUCAUUGGCUUUGCACCCGAACCGGGCAGGUGAGCGGAUGGAAGGGAAGGUUCUUCAUGCACAUGCAGACGUGCCUCAUACAACGUUCUUCAUGCAGAUGUUUCUAUUCUUCCUCAUCCAUCAGGUCGCCAUGUCCCUCUUUCGUCUCAUAGGAGCGCUGGGGCGCAGCAUGGUGGUGGCCAACACCUUCGGCUCCUUUGCUCUCAUCCUCCUCUUUCUCCUUGGUGGCUUCGUCCUCGCUAAGGGCAACAUUCACAAUGUGUGGAUAUGGGCGUAUUGGAUCUCGCCCCUCAUGUACGGCCAGAACGCCCUCGCUGUCAACGAGUUCCUCGCCCCCCACUGGAAUGUGGUGCGUGUCUCUCUGCUCUCUACUCUUACAUCAGAUUUCGGCAGGUCCACUCUUCCCCCCAACGGCCACCAUGGGCCAGGUGCUGUGAGAGAGCCGCUCGCUGCCGCUGAACAAAUAUUGGCGCGGCAUUGUCGCGGCGGUGCUCAUCGGAUUUAUCAUCCUCUUCAACCUCCUCACCAUUCUCGCGCUCGCCUAUCUCGAUCGUAA